UUCGUCAGCUGACGAGAUGGGCAGGGUUUAAGAAGAAGGGAAGCCAUCUUAGAGCUUCUGCUUAAAGAGAGUAAAGCUGACGAGCUACAGCAGACCAAAUAAGAUAUACAGCCAAAAGCGUAGCGGUAAUCUCCGCCAUCCGCGGUAAAUACGCCUCGGCUUCACUGCUUGCGAACUUCUGCUUUGUCCUUUUCCGUUAACAGGCUACACCUGAGGAAAUGAAGUAAACAUUGAAGAUCAAUUGGAGCAAGAGUGGAUUUAAAAAAAAAAAAGAGAAGAAAAUCACCGUAAUAAAAUGACUGACACUGGCUUGUUGACCAUUGGAUUGUCUUAGGGGAGACCCGAACCACAGAGGUGGGGUGUGGCAACGCUGUGCCAGUGUCUCAUGCUUUGCAAUAUUGACUCAUUUACUGAGCAAGACACAAAAACAUUAAACGAAGGAUUAAAAUAUUGAUGAACAAGACUGACUCAAGGAAGAAGCUCUUUCCAUUAACCAGAGACUGAGUCCGGGAUUUUUCGGAUUCCCUGAAACAUUUGAGAAGAGACGAUUCUCUAUAUUAAGAUUUGCAUCGAUUUGAAAUAUUUGUUGAACUGAGUAGCCAUGAGCACCGCUAGAACAGAGAACCCAGUGAUCCUGGGAUUGUCCAGUCAGAAUGGUCAGCUACGAGGAUCAGUGAAGCCAGCAGGGGGCCCCAGUGGUGGCGGGGGUGGGGCCCAACUGCAGCCGACCAGUCAGGUAAAGUCAUCCAGCACAAUCAACAACGGCAGCUCCCAGCCCAUGCCCACAGCCAACACCGUCAUCAAGCCUGGAGAUGACUGGAAGAAGAAUCUAAAACUUCCUCCUAAAGAUUUGAGAAUGAAAACUUCGGAUGUGACGGCCACAAAAGGCAAUGAGUUUGAAGAUUAUUGCCUAAAGAGGGAGCUCCUGAUGGGGAUCUUUGAGAUGGGUUGGGAGAAACCCUCACCUAUCCAGGAGGAAAGCAUUCCCAUUGCGUUGUCUGGGAGGGACAUCCUGGCCAGAGCCAAGAACGGCACUGGCAAAAGCGGCGCCUACCUCAUUCCCUUACUUGAACGCAUUGACCUGAAGAAGGACUGCAUACAGGCCCUGGUCAUUGUACCCACCAGAGAACUGGCUCUGCAGGUGAGCCAGAUCUGCAUCCAGGUCAGCAAACACAUGGGUGGGGUCAAAGUCAUGGCCACCACAGGGGGCACCAACCUUCGUGAUGACAUCAUGAGGCUCGACGAGACGGUGCAUGUUGUCAUUGCUACCCCUGGAAGGAUUCUGGAUCUCAUCAAAAAGGGAGUGGCCAAAGUCGAUCAGGUGCAGAUGAUCGUGUUGGAUGAGGCGGACAAGCUCCUGUCCCAGGACUUCGUGCAGAUGAUGGAGGAGAUUCUGAGUUUCUUGUCGAAACAGAGGCAGAUCUUGCUGUAUUCAGCCACGUUUCCGCUUAGCGUGCAAAAAUUCAUGGGCUCCCAUCUGCAGAAGCCGUAUGAGAUUAACCUGAUGGAGGAGCUAACUCUAAAGGGAGUGACCCAGUAUUACGCCUAUGUGACUGAGAGACAGAAAGUCCACUGCCUUAACACACUCUUCUCGCGGCUCCAGAUCAAUCAGUCUAUAAUCUUCUGCAACUCGUCCCAACGCGUUGAGUUGUUGGCCAAGAAGAUCUCCCAGCUGGGCUACUCCUGCUUCUAUAUUCACGCCAAGAUGAGACAGGAGCACCGUAACCGCGUGUUCCAUGACUUCAGAAAUGGCCUCUGUCGGAAUCUCGUCUGCACUGACCUCUUCACCAGAGGAAUUGACAUUCAAGCUGUGAAUGUGGUGAUCAACUUCGAUUUUCCCAAGCUGGGAGAAACAUACCUGCAUCGCAUUGGCCGGUCUGGACGUUUUGGACAUCUGGGCCUGGCCAUCAACCUGAUCACGUACGACGACCGCUUCAACCUGAAGGGCAUCGAGGAACAGUUGGGGACGGAGAUCAAGCCUAUUCCAGGCAGCAUUGACAAGAGCCUGUACGUGGCGGAAUAUCACAGCGAGAGCGGGGAGGAGCUAAAGCUCUGAGGACAGGUUCCCCCUCCCCCCCCUUCUCCCCCCACCCCAUAUCUUUUUGGGAGGAUUUAUAUAUUUUGAAAUGCAUAAACCUUCCAUCUUCCAAACCUUCCUUUUUUUUAAUUUAUUUCUUUUUGUGCCACCAAAUGAAAAGGAAUGUGAGUUGCAAACAAACGUUGAGACGACUUGGCUGCCUUUUCCACCGACAGGACGACGUUUUAAGUGCACUACCGCUUCCUGGAGAGCAGAGGGGACCAAGAGAGGCUCUUCUCAAAGCAGACACCCGACACCUGGCCUCUUCCCUGCAGUAUGGCUAUCUAUCCUCAGCCAGCACUUGUCACCAUUUUAUUUUAUUUAAUUUUUUUUGAUUUACAGCCCCCCCCCCCACCUUGCUGUUUUUGGUUUUAAGGUUUUUAGCAAUUUAUCAAGUGCCUUAAGCAGCUGAACUUUUUCAGAGUAAUAACCUCCUUAUUCUCAGACUUCAUCAUUCAGUGUCCCGUCCCUGAUUUCAUGAGGUCCAUAUUUUAUUUUGAAGGGGGGAGGGGGAAACCUGCCCGUCCGAACACAUGAAAUGAGACUCCACCCUCUGACGGCGAGUGAGGAUCUGGAGAUGUAGAGAUGGGAAUAGAUCUGCACUGCAUUUGCUGCUCAAGACUGUCACAUGACAAAUGUGGGAUCUUCGUUCUGGGGAAGUGCGAUUUGUGUUCUCUGGUCCCAGCUAUGGGGGGAGGUGGGGUCUGGGUCUCACUUUUGGUUGAGGAACGUUUUGCUGAUAACGACCCAAACUGUACCCUCCCUGCUCUUCAGUGUUGAGAUGUUGGGACUGCACCCUGAUUCUGAGCAGCCGUCUCCCCUGGCAACAACGAUUUCUUCUGAUGUGGGGUGGGGUUGAGGGGGGCCUCCCCCCCCCCCCCCUUUUCUCAUCAGUCAUGCUUUGUUUUGGUCACCCUUCUCCAAGAUGUGCCGUGGAAACGCAUUUGGCACAGUGUAACUUUUGUAAAUACUUCGUUUAAUUUUAGGGUUGUUUUAGACGAGAUGAAAAGGCUGGCUAUCACACAGACAGAAGGCACCUUGGGUUUAGGACCUUGUCAACGCAGGCUUCAACCAGAUCAGCCUGUUUGGGCUCAACUGUAUUACCGGGGCUAAAUUUUACUGUCACCUCUGACAGAGUAUUUAUUACUGGUUAAAAGGAAUUGAUUAGAUGUUUAACCACUAAAACAUGACACUCAGUUCCUGGUGCUGAAUGUAGGGGAUCCAGUGUUUCACUGGUGGUGAAGGGUGCUUUCAACGAGCACCUCUGCAAAUCACAUGUGUACCCCUCCCUCCUUGCGUUUUGACCAGUUCCUAUUCUUUGCUGGUGACCUGUCUGUACGCCUAAUUGUAUAUGUGAGACAAUGGACUUAUUAUUUUUUUUUUUUCUCUCUCUUCCCCAGCCUUUGCUUGUAACACUGACUUACGAGGCACUUGUCAGAUAAGGAGUAAGGAUAGGAGCUGGUGUUGACAUUCGUACAUAGCGAUCUGCUGAGGUGCAGUGAAGUAGGCAGUGGUCUGUACACACUGCUGUGGGCAGCAGCUCUUUGUCUGAGCUGUUUAUUAUUAUUUUGUUGUCCCCCCCCCCCCCCCCCAUAUUUGUAAGUGAACAUCUCGAUGGGGAGGGGACUGAUGGUCUGAUUCUAUAUGUUAGCAGGGUUGUGUGAUUUUUAGUGCACCGUAAGCCAGCUGGCUUUAGAAACCUGUUUACAGAAGACUCUGCACAGGUCAGGAGAGAGCUGACUGCGUUCGUGCUGCAUUUCAGCGCAGCCAUGGGGGGGGUCGUCAGACGACUAUACACUGCACUGCUGUCCUCACACUUGAACCAGCCGCUCGGGGACAGAAGUGUUGGGGGGGUUUUUGGGGGGUGGGGCCAUGACCAAAAUGCUAACUUCCUUUUUUUCCCUUUACCAGAGCAGCAGAGGUGUCUGGGGUUUGCCUGAUCUCUUAAGGAGGGUGGGGGGAUCUUCUGCACAUGUUGCUGUAGGAUAAUGGUAGUAAUUGGUGUGAACACCGUGUGGUUUUCAUGACCCUUUUGACAUCUCUGCUGCUAUUAAGCUUGGAAUGGAUUUAAAAUGGGGGGGGUUUGUUCUGGAAAAUGUUACGUAACUGCUCCCUGCGCCAGUGUCUGUUUACCCACUUCUAUAGUGACUAAAUGGCUGCUUUUGGUUCUGCAGGGAGUCCCCAUGUUGAUGUACAUAUAAGAUGCUCCUAUCUGGUUUGUUCACUGAGGCAUGCUGGGAGAUUUCCUGCAUGUAUUUUCUAACCCCCCCGGGGCUGGUGUGUGUUGGAUUUCAUUCAGUAAAACUAAAAGGGGGGGGGGGGGUAUUUUUCAUCAUCUGCAACAGCACCCCUCAGUGGACAAACCUGACCCUAUUCCUCCUUGUCUCUUGGUCCAGGUACACGUAAACACUCCUAUUGGAAUUAUACUUUUUUGGGGGGUGGGGGGUGGUUAUACUGGAGUGUUGUGUUCCUUAGUCUUGGGGGAAUUGGGUUAAAUUGCAGGUACUCUGGCAGCUGCCUGAUUUUUUAAGCCACACGGGGUGUGAUGAGCAGCCCCCUGUAACGGCGAAACUGGUGUCACUAUGUGCCAUUUGGCUUCUGCUGUGUGUGGGUGGGUUGCUCUCUCAUGCCGUUGGUGGGGUGGGGGGUCCUUUUUGAAGAACGAGGUGAGGAGCAUCUUACCUUGAUCAGUCUUAAAAUUGGCUUGUGCUGGACAUCAGGCUUCACCCGUUGAUCAUCUCGUUCUUCAAAAGGCUUUUUUUUUGGGGGGGGGGGCGGGGGGAAGGGUUUGGGAACACGCUGCCUUUGUGCUGCUAUCCCAGGAUGCUCCUCUGGAGUGAGGUGAUGGUGAAUCCCAUAGCUGUGGUCUGUCCUUGGGGUCAUCAAGGGAGCUCCUGGUAUAGAGGCACUGCUUUCAUUUUGGGGUUGGCUUUUGUUUUGUGGGGGGGGGGGGGGGAGGGGGUGGGAGGGGGGGGGGAUGCUAGGGAACAGGUUUCUGGAGGAUGUUACUUUUUUUUCCCCCUCCCUUGAGUCAGUUCCUUUAAUCUUAAGGAAGAUAUGAAACCUAAAUUUGUAAACUUUUGCCCGUUAAAAGAUUGUUUCUUAAUUUGGCCCCAAGUUAACAUGGGAAAAAUGUGACCAGUUUCGUUUUGAAGUUCACUUUUUUUUUUUUGAAUUGGCGAUUUUUGUCAGUGACGCUUCAAAGUAGUACUGUGGACAAAGUGGUAUUUGGUUUAUCUGAAGUGACUGGAAGUUUUGUGUUUUUGAAAGAAAAUAAAAGCUCACUGAAAUUC